CCUCCAUUCUUCUAUUUUUGGAUCAACCAUUUCAGCCCCAUUACCUUUUCUCUGCACUGAUGCAGCAAGCAACGGCAUUUUGACCCAAACUGGUUCAGAUAUCAACAAGCUACCUACCUGCUUGUGCCAUCUUGCAUCCCAAAAAAACCAACUGUCCCUGAUCUUGGCAUCGGUUGACUUUGUUUGACAAGGGCAUAGUCGGGAGCUCCCCCGUACAAGAACCAACGGUGCUGCUCCCCUCAUCUUCGACCAGGUCAUCUACUACAUAUUUUUGCGUCUCAUCCGCCACAGCACCACUCAUUGCCAACCGUGAGCCUGGGCCCUGCGUUUCUAUUUUGGACUCGACCACUCCAGCCUUAAAAGAGACCGUACCUUCCUUUCAAAUACGCUUAUUUUUACUGUCGCCGGUCGUCAAACAAGCCAUAAGCAUCAACGCUCACACACACGCCCUCGGCGACGCUCAUUAUCGCCGGCCAAGAGAUUCAGUCACCGACCGUCUGCGCCUAGACGAGCGACUGGAGCCACAGCCAUCUCCACCUGGAGACAGCUCACCAGCCUAGACAGGCAUUUAUUUUUUACACAGCGACCACAUUCGCGAAUAGUCUUCAAGAUGGGUCGCAGGAAGAUUGAAAUUAAGGCGAUAAAGGAUGAUAGAAAUCGCUCUGUCACUUUUCUGAAGCGCAAGGGCGGUCUUUUCAAGAAGGCACACGAGCUUUCCGUCCUCUGCUCAGUAGACGUCGCCGUCUUUAUCUUUGGUACAAACAAGAAGUUAUACGAAUACUCAUCCGGUGACAUGCGGGAGCUUAUUACAAGAUACACAUACCACGGCGGCGCCACCGAACACAAGGGCCCUUCUGACUUCAACGGGGGCGAUGACGAUGAUGAGGAGGAAGGCGAUGGCACGCCUCCUCUCGACCAACCCAUGGAUGCGCACAUGAUGCCUCCCCAUUUCCAGGGCCAAGGACCCUUCCCACCGCACGUCAUGAGACAUUAUACACCUUCAGCCUCGCCUCCGAUACCAAACGGAGUUCCAUUUCCUCCACACGGACACGGCGUGCCUCGUGGCCACACACCGCAGCCCCAGAUGCUUUCUAGGCCUGGCUCUAGGAACGAUGCGCGACGAAUGGGCCAGCCGAUGGGUCCCCAAGGCAGCCCACAAGUAAACGGUUUUGGCUUUGGUCAACAGCAAAGCAUGUAUGGACCCCCGAACACUACCAUGCCACCUCACAUGCCGCCACAGAUGGCUCCCGGGCCGCCGUUUCCCUACCCUCAGCAUCCGCAACAUCCACCGCACCCACCGCACCCACCUCACCCACCGCACCCGCAGCAACCGCACCAGCCUCAGAUGCAACAACAGUUCAUCGAAGACGGGAGGCGCGCCACCAUGCCAGCAAACUUUGCUCCUCACCCACCGCCACCACACGGACCAAUGGGCAUGCAAAGACAUUCCGUUUCUCCACCGCAGCAACAUCCUCACCAUGUUCCUCAGCUUCCUCCCCAGCAACCGCAGCAACACCCUCACUCGUCUCCGCCACAGCCUCAACACCACCAGAUGCAGAGCCCGCCCCAGCCUAUGGUCAAGUUUGAGUCGCCGCAGCAAAUUGAGCCCCCGCAGCAUCAGCACCAACAGCAACCAGAGCCGCAAGAGCCUCGUCCGGAGCAGCAGCAACAACAGCAGCAAUCGCAGCAAUCGCAGCAACCACAGGAGCCCCAGUCGGAGCCUGCACGCUCGCUCCCUCCGCCGCCACCUCCUUUGGAAGUUAAGACAGAACUUGCGCCGCCAGCCCAGCCCGGGCGGAUUCCACAGCCCUCGCUACUGGAUACUGCAGUAAAGAAGCUCCCGAGACAAAAGCAGCACAGUAUUUUCACGCCCAUCGACGAGAACAGGUCCAUCCUCAGCCAAAAUCUCGCAGCUUUCCACGCCGAGCCGAGCAAGAACAAAUCCAGCCCUCCCGCUCAUCACCGUUCAUCGUCCGUGGAUGAAAGUACAAGCAAUGCUAGCGAGGCGUCACGCGGUAAAGACAAAGAUAUUGCUUCAUCGCCCCCGCUGUUGAAGCGAGCCGAUCCGCGCGCCUCCAUAUCAUCUGUAUCAUCAGCCCCUGAGAGUGCGCCCGCACCACCCUCGCGCUCCAACAGUCUGCGGGCUGGUCCUCCACGACCUCGCCUCAAGGUGCAGAUUCCAGACGAGCAGUCGGAGGAUGGCAGCGGGAGCGCCACAGCCGAGUCUGCUUCAUCGGCGCAAGGAGGUGCUUCAACAGACGCCACUUCGCAGUCGACACGUCAGAACGACUCGCACUCGUCCACCAACAUGGUCCUGCCGCCACCAUCACCAUCAGCAUCUGCCCUGCUUUCCGCUGGCGCAACGGGCCCGCCCAACCCAUUUGCACCCAAGCGCCCACCCCAACACCCGGCUCCUGGUUUGAACAUCGACACGCCUGUGUCUGCGUUGCCAUCCCGAUUCCUCAACAAUGAGUUUCUGCCCAGUCCUUCCAGCUUCUACCCUGACUGGAACUUCCGCGGUGGUGACAACAACACGCUGCCCAGCCCGCUCAACUUUGCUACUCCUGUUGUCGGCACAGGACCUAGUUUCUUGAGGGACGAAAAUCCAGGCGCUAGUCUCAAGAGGAAGAGCCCUGACAACUUGAGCAUACACGGGCCAAUCUCAGACAAUCCUCUUGAGGCUGGGAAUGAGCCAAAACGGGUCAAAGUAGACUCUUGAAUUUAAGUCUGCUCUUUGCUUUCAUGAUUCUUUCUUCUUUUCUCCCUUCAAUGUCCAUAUUCAUAAACUAUUUCCCCUCUCCUCUGUUCAAAACGAAGGCCCGGUACGCAUAGAAGCGAUGUCAACACUUGAGCCUUAUCAGGGGCGGCCUUUGUUCUCGUACAUAUACCACCUUCACGCUUUGGUUCUUUUCAGCUUCUUUUCCUCUAUUCUUCCUCUUAUUGUUUUCGCUGCUUGUUUGAAAACUAUCAUUAGUGGCGUUGGAUGACUCGAAACAUUCGUUGGUUUUACUUCUCGGGAGUUGGGGUGUGAAUCAACGAUAACAUAAACGGUUUUACCGUCUUUCCUCCGUCUUGUCUUUGAUUUUCAGCACGACCGUUCUUUUUUUUUUUUUUUUUUCUCUCGCAAGGGAAAUAAGCAAAUGCAUUGCAAGGGGAAACCGGUUCAGGAUACCAUUGGACGUUUGAGCCUGGGUGGGUUGGUUCUUUGUUGUUUUGGGAUUUCUCUACUUCCUAUUAAUCUAGAGGUUUGGUGUGGAAUUUGUCUUUCAAAAGAUCUUAUCAAUUUUAUUCGCAAUGUUAAAGUUUAGUGUUGUCCCAUGGCAAUUUGCAAGACUGCUUCCUGUGUG